AUUCGCUUGUUGUAGUAGUGGCCCGUGUUCGUGGUGGCCAGAAGGUGCUGACGUUUUCAGUUGGUCCUGGAACAUACGAGUGCUACGUACGUACCAUUUCAUCAUCCCGAUACUGCAGCAGUGUAUGCGUUUUGUUUUGUUCGUAAAUUAUACGACAAAACUUCUUUCAUGUUUGCUGCCGCCACAGACGAGUUUGCUCACGACAAGGAUGAAGAACAACAAUAUUAUGAUUUCAUCAGCGGGGCGGCAGGGAUGUUGGCCAUUGCUGGAAUCGGAGUGGCGGCUGCUUCUGCAUAUUACUGGGCCAGGAAGCCACGUCCAUCCCAACCGCCUUUUGAUCUCCAACAUCAGACGAUUGUCGAGGGCCCAGAAUUGAUCCACUAUUCCAGAUUCACACAAAAAGGCAAUGGAAUGAAAUUUAUGCGCUAUCUCUACGAAGAUACCAAGACAUUGUACGAUGUAUUCCCGCGCGGAGCGCGAAUCUCAAACAACGGGCCUUGCUUGGGAUGGAGAAACGCCACAACCAAGGAAUAUCAGUGGAUGAAUUAUAAGGAAACCAUGUCGCGCUCUCAAAAUUUCGGUUCCGGUCUGGUGGCUCUUGGCCUUAAACCCGGACCGGACACUCUGGUGGGCGUUUAUAGUCAAAACAAUCCCGAAUGGGUGUUGAGCGAAUAUGGUCUCUACAGCAACUCCAUGGUCGUCGUACCGCUUUACGAUACUCUGGGUCCCGAUGCUUCUCGUUUUAUUAUCAAUCAAGCUGAAAUGUCACUUGUUAUUUGUGAGAAUGAAGAAAAAUGCAAGUCCUUGCUCACCGAUACGCCCGUCUGUCUCAAAAUCAUGGUUCAUAUCAAACCGAUCUCUAAUGCAACCGUCGAGUUGGCAAAAAGUAAAGGCAUCACCACCUUGAGUUUUGAAUAUGUGGAAAACCUUGGAGCUCAAAACAAACACAAACCUACGCCCCCCAAGCCGGAGGAUUUGUGCAUCGUUUGCUACACAUCAGGAACGACAGGAAAUCCCAAGGGAGUCAUGUUGACGCACGAGAAUGUGAUUGCCGACGCCAGCGCCAUUUUACUUCACAUGGGCGACGAGAAACCCAACAAGACGGACGUCAUGAUUUCCUUCCUUCCACUGGCCCACAUGCUGGAACGUAUUUCACAUUUAGUUCUCUACAUUGGAGGGGGUUCGAUCGGCUUCUUCGGGGGUGACGUCCGUAAUUUGAUGGAUGACAUGGUCGCUCUUAAACCAACAAUUACGCCGGCCGUCCCUCGCAUAUUCAACCGCAUUUACGACAAGGUUCAAAGUGGCCUGAAGAGCUCGUCCGUUAAGCGCUUCCUCUUUAACACAGCCCUCAGCUCCAAGGAGAAUGAUCUGCGGCGUGGCAUUAUGGGGAAAAACACCAUCUGGGACAAACUUGUUUUGAAGAAAGUCCAGGAUGCAAUGGGCGGACGCAUCAGACUUAUUGUUGUGGGUUCGGCUCCACUAGCUGGGGCUGUCAUGACUUUUAUGCGAUGUGCCCUCGGAUGUGUCAUCAUUGAAUGUUACGGACUAACGGAAUGUGCCGCCCCGACUACUCUCACCGUGAACGGAGAUUUCACCCCAGAACACGUAGGCACGCCAAUUCCUUGCUGCGCAAUCAAAUUGGUUGACGUACCCGAUAUGAAUUACUUUGCUGCCAGCGGCCGUGGUGAAAUCUGCAUCAAGGGCACCAAUGUCUUUAAAGGCUACUUUAAAGAUCCUGAAAAGACUAAAGAAACUAUAGACAAGGACGGUUGGCUUCACACCGGUGACAUUGGCACCUUUUUAGACAACGGAACCUUAAAAAUCAUUGAUCGCAAGAAACAUAUCUUCAAGUUGUCACAGGGCGAGUACAUUGCUCCCGAGAAAAUUGAGAGUAUAUACAUGAAGAGCCAGUACGUUGCACAAGUCUUCGUACACGGUGAAAGCAUCAAGUCAUGCGUCAUUGGAGUAAUUGUACCCGAUGAAGAAUUCAUCAAACAGUAUGCGGAAAUCCGGGUUUUUUUCGGGAGCUUCUCCGUUCUCUGCAACGUGGCUGAAAUCAAGCAGCUUAUACUGAACGACAUCACAGAACUGGGGAAAAAAGGUGGACUGAAAUCCUUCGAACAGGUCAAAGAUAUCUACUUGCACCCAGAACUCUUUACAGUUCAAAACGGUUUAUUGACACCGGUACUGAAAUCUAAACGUCCGGAUCUUCGUACUUACUUCAAGCGGCAACUUGAGGAAAUGUACAGCAAACUUGACUAACAAGAAUCUAUUCUUCUAUCUACAGCAUGUCCUGCAAUCUUAUCUGUUAUUAUAUUUGCCAAUCUUUUGAUUUGCCGAAUACAAUAAUUGCUACAGGGAAA